UAUAUUCUGCAAUUAUUGCCAAAUUUCCCAUUUUAUUCCUAUUUCCAUUAUCAAUUAGGUCUGCCGCCGCCGCCGAUUCUCAUGGCCGAAGGAAGCAGCGUGGUCAAGCAGUCAAGCCCAGCCUUGCCGUUAAAAGAUCGAGUUGCCAUCGUCACGGGCUCGUCGCGAGGAAUCGGCAAAGCCAUUGCCUUCCAUUUGGCUUCGCUUGGUGCUAAACUCGUCGUCAAUUACACCACCAACCCAGAUCUGGCGAACGCCGUCGUCUCCCAACUCAAUUCAGCGGCGUCUGCGGCCGAUGGCGGUGCCAAUUCGCCGCGGGCAAUCGCCGUAAGAGCCGAUGUCUCCGACCCAGUCCAAGUGAAGUCCCUCUUCGACGCGGCCGAGUCGGCUUUCAACUCGCCAGUCCACAUUCUGGUCAACUCAGCCGGCGUUCUGGAUUCCAAGUACCCUUCCGUCGCCGACACCGCGAUCGAGGAUUUCGAUAAGACCUUUAACAUCAACACGCGCGGCGCGUUCAUCUGUUGCAAGGAAGCUGCCAACAGGAUAAAGCGCGGCGGCGGCGGGAGGAUUAUCUGCCUCACUUCCUCCACGGCGGUGGCGCUGAGGCCUGGCUUCGGGGCGUACGCGGCCUCGAAAGCGGCGGUAGAAGCGAUGGUGAAGGUUCUGGCUAAAGAGCUCAAAGGGACGGGGAUCACCGCCAACUGCGUGGCGCCGGGGCCGGUGGCGACAGAGAUGUUCUUCGAGGGGAAAUCGGAGGAGGUAAUACAGAGGGUAAUAGACGAGAACCCCAUGGGUAGACUUGGGACGACGGAGGACAUAGCUCCGGUGGUUGCGUUCUUGGCCGGUGACGGCGGCGAGUGGGUCAACGGGCAGACUAUUCGAGUCAAUGGUGGCUAUGUGUAGUAGAAGAGAAGGAAGGAAAUUUUACAAGGCCUUUGGCUGGAAAGAUGAAAUUAUGGUAGAAAUGAAUUUGUAAUUUUAUGAAGUAGAAAAAGAAUAAGGUGAAAUUAAAGUGAAAUUUGUUAUU